CAUGUCUUAAUCAUACUAAAAACAGAACAAAACAAAACAAAGCAAAACUCCUCUGUCUAAGUUGUUUCGUUGGUUUCUUUGAUUUUCUCCGGUCCAUAUUUUCUUUGGACACCUUGGGUGAUUGUUUUGUGGUGGAUUUUGCUUAAAGAGACCAAAAAAAUGGCAGGAGUUAAUAGGAAAAUAUCAGCUGCAUCAGCAAGAGCUCACACUAGAAGAGCCAAGGAAAACACUUCUUUCAAGCUUCCUUCAGGGAUAUUCACGAAGAUACUGUUGGUCUUGUCUGUGGGGAUUUUGGCAUGGGCUUAUCAGGCGAUCCAGCCUCCUCUACCCAAGACAUGCGGCUCUCCAGAUGGUCUACCUGUCACUGCAUCAAGAAUAAAGCUGAAGGAUGGAAGGCAUUUGGCCUACAAAGAGCAUGGUGUACCACGAGAUAAAGCGAAGUACAAAAUUGUCUUUGUCCAUGGCUUUGAUUGUUGUAGGCAUGAUGCUGUUGUUGCCACUACCCUGUCUCUGGAAAUUGUUGAAACUUUAGGGGUCUACAUUGUGUCUUUUGACAGACCAGGUUAUGGAGAGAGUGACCCUAAUCCAAGACGAACUGUAAAGAGUAUGGCUUUGGAUAUAGAAGAGCUUGCUGAUCAAUUGGGACUGGGAUCCAAGUUUUAUGUAAUUGGAUUUUCUAUGGGGGGGCAGGUGAUUUGGAGCUGCCUCAAGUACAUCCCUCACAGGUUAGCUGGGGCAACAUUGGUAGCGCCAGUUGUCAACUACUGGUGGUCUGGUUUUCCUACAAACUUAUCUAAAGAAGCAUAUCACCAACAGUUACCACAAGACCAAUGGACACUUCGUGUGUCUCACUAUGCUUCCUGGCUUACCUACUGGUGGAACACUCAAAAAUGGUUCCCUAGUUCUAGCGUCAUCACUCACAGUACUGAUAUUCUUUCUAGUCAGGACAAAGAACUCUUGCCCAAGAUAGUCUCUACAAGGAAUCACAGGGCACUAGUAAGACAGCAAGGUGAAUACGAGUCCCUGCAUCGUGACCUAAACAUUGGAUUUGGAACAUGGGAAUUCUCUCCAAUGGAUCUGGACAACCCCUUUCCUAAUAAUGAGGGCUCUGUGCACCUGUGGCAUGGAGAUGAAGAUAGGCUUGUGCCUGUUACAUUGCAACGCUACAUCGUGCAACAACUCCCAUGGAUUCACUACCAUGAACUACCUGGUGCAGGACAUAUGUUUCCACAUGCGGAUGGGAUGUCUAAUAACAUAGUGAAGGCACUUUUGGUCGGUGAAAAGGAGACACCUUCGUAGGUUUUGACCCUUAUCCCAGCAUCCCUCAUCAGUUUAUAACCAGACUAUACAAUGUUACAAGGGAAAAUAAGGUUUAUUCAUUUAUUUUUGAAGAGGGGAUAGUCCAGGUACUGGGAUUUCUAGAAGUAUCCUUUUUUCUGACUAUUGUUUAGAUUGUCGAACGUUUGAACAAUGUAGUAGUAACAGUUUUGUACGCAUGAAUAAAUUUUACUAAGCACAUGAUAAGAAGAUGGCAGUGCCCCUCUGAUACAGGGCGUAUUUCUUCGAUUCUUCCUCAA